CCGCUGCCACUGCUGAGUCAGGCUGCCUUCAACUAACUUCCUCCACUCAUGAAAAGCUGAUCCACACAACCUCCACACUCACAGGAAAGUUGAGUGCUCCGCAGACUCUUGGACAUCAGGGAACCUUUCUGGUCCAGAUCAGUUUCACUCAGAGCGAGAAGAUGCAGGACAAAGUUUUCUUCACUCACAGCAAAGCAGCAGUAGCACUGUGCAUUGUGCUGCUAAUGCUGACUCAGCAGGUGUGUGCAGGUCCGUUGCCCCCUCAGGUGAGGUCUGAGCAGAGUCCAGAUGUUAGCGUCCGCUCUCUGAGGAGGACGGCCCGCAUGACUCCGCUGUGGAGGAUCAUGAGCAGCAAACCGUACGGCGCUUUCUGCCAGAACAACUACGAGUGCUCCACAGGACUCUGCAGGGCGGGACACUGCUCCACCAGCCACCGCUCCCCCACAGCGCCGGUCAACUACUAGCAAACCAUCUGCAUGUUUACAUGAGGAGGCGUGUGGUGCAGUGGGUUGUGCGUUGGUGUUCGGAUCAGGGGGUCAAACCCCACUGCAGUCAGCAUGUCGUUGUGUCCCUGGGCAAGACACUUCACCCCAAAUUGCUCCUGUGGGGAUUGCCCACAGUAUUCAGUAUGCAAGUCGCUUUGGAUAAAAGCGUCUAACAAGUACCAUGUAAUGAGUGUCCAGCCAUAAUCUGGGAUGGAGCACAUAUCCAGGCUUUUAUUUGUAUUUUUUUAACGGUUUUUAUCUUUGUACGUCUAAACAAGUUGCUUUGUACACAUCAGGUAGUUAUAUGCAAGAAAAAGGCGUGUACUGCUGCACUUGUUAUAUUUCAAAAAGCAAAUAGAUUAAGACGGUAGGAGGGGAGCUGAGGCAUGGGGUAAAGUGCACAAAACGUAAGAAGGGAGUCUUUUAUACUUGAUGUCACAUGGUGUGAUUUUGUUUAAAUAUUUCGUGGUUCAGGGUCCAAACAACUUAAAUGACUUGUUUUAUACGGCAAAGGACCAACAAUCUUUCAGCCCUGAUCUCAAAGCUGAGAGUCAAAAUGAAAAGACAAGUACUAUUUGAUAUUAUCAGAGGCUCUUCCCGGCCAGUUACUGUGGCCUUAGCUCUCUAAAUUAUAUAUCGUAGCACAGAAAAGACUUUGAGCCUUUUGGGAGAUACUGGCCUUCACAUUUUUUCCCUUUUUGUAAUCGCUGUCUCGUGUCAUGUUUGAUAAGUUAUCACUUGACUGUUUGCAUAGAAGGUUUAAUCAUUCCUCUGAUAAUGUGCCAAAUGGAAACGUGUCUUUCCAAGAGAAAUAAUUUGUGUUAGUUUACUGUAGGAUAGGAUGGCGUAAGAGCAUUUUUCCUGAUGUCUUAUUCAUUCUGGCGUCUAACAAAAUGUGUUCCCUUAAAGCCAAGACAUUUGGGAAAUUGAGAAUAACUAUCACACAAACAGGCUUAAAAACCCAAAGCACCAAAACAUAUUUUACCGCCUGACAGGCUGCAAUCCUAGUUGACUGUCAGAAGCAAAAAGUGACAAAGAGAGGGCAAAGAUAGAUAAAGCAAAGUAGGGAAAAGGGCAUCAAAGAAGGAGCAAAAUGGAGAAAAGAUCAGAAAAGCAGAGAGAAUGAUCCAAAGUUACAAGCAAUGUUUUAAUAUCCUUCAGAUUAUAUUUUAUUAUUACUAUAACAAAAGGUUGUGUUGAACAUUAUUCAUUAUGCAUGCAUACAGAUUGGUAAUGCAGUGAUUCUCAUAUUUUAUUUAUUUUAUCCUCUGUCCAAAUUGUACCCAUUACUUUUUCUAAAAAAUAUAUAUUUGUUUAUGAUAUGAAUAAUCAAUACCCUGAAUGGAUUUAUUUUUUUAGCUUUUCACAGGGGAUUUUUUGUUUUUGCCAAUAACCAAUUUCUCUGAGUGUACAAAUAUCAGGAACUUAUAACGAGCCGCACAACUUUUUUUGCACAUCCAUCCCCUCUCUUUGAUAAGUGUUCGUAGAUUUCGCUUGGACUCGCCUGCAUAGUUUACUUCAUGCACAGAGCAGGUGGUGGCUGAUAUUUUGUACACUCAGCAUGUCUGAGUAAUGUUUGAGUAUUUAUCUUUGUACUGUGUACUGUCUACUGUAUGUACUGUAUUACCUACAUGUAGAAGGCUGGAGAAAAAGUGGAAUAAAAGCAUUGGAGAAAAAAAA